GGCGCCUGCGCCCCUCUGCUCCGCCCCCAACCCUUCCUGAUGGUCGGGCUACGACUAAACUACAGUUCCCAGAGUGCAUAGCGCCGAAAUCUGUACCCGGAGAAUCAGGUGGCUGGAGUCAGGUGACUUCUGGUCCGCCCUCACCCCAAGUCAAGCCGGCCGGGAGAAGCGGGUGCAGUCACAAACGGCUCCUGCGUGCCGUGUGUUGGGUUCCCCGGGCCUAGAGGAUCUCAGUUCUUUGAAAUUGAAGAACAUGAUAAGCAGUUGGCUGAUGAUUUCUAUCCUUCUUCCCCUGAAGUUCAUAGAGAAAUGUGAGUCAACAGUCAAUCUCACUGUUCCUCCCACUGUGAAGCUGGAAAAUGGAAGUUCGGCCAACAUCAGCAUCACCCUUCAGCAUCCAUUAAAUGCAACCUUGGUGAUCACUUUUCAAAUCACAUUUCGUUCAAAAAAUGUUACUAUCCUUGAGCUCCCUGAUGAAGUUGUGGUGCCUCCCGGCGUGACAGAUUCCUCUUUUCAAGUGACAUCUCAAAAUGUUGGACAACUUACUGCUUAUCUGCAUGGAAACCAUUCCAACCAGACCGGCCCAAGGAUCCGCUUCUUGGUCGUCCAUAGCAAUAUCGUUAGCAUCAUAAACCAGGUGAUUGGCUGGAUUUACUUUGUGGCCUGGUCCAUUUCCUUCUACCCUCAGGUGAUCACCAACUGGAGGCGGAAAAGUGUCAUUGGUCUAAGCUUUGAUUUCGUGGCGCUGAACCUGACAGGCUUUGUGGCCUACAGCGUGUUCAACAUUGGCCUCUUCUGGGUGCCCUACAUCAAGGAGCAGUUUUUCCUCAAGUACCCCAAUGGAGUGAACCCCGUGGAUAGUAACGACGUCUUCUUCAGCCUGCACGCAGUCGCCCUCACCCUGGUUAUCAUGGUGCAGUGCUUCCUGUACGAGCGAGGCAGCCAGCACGUGUCCUGGCCUGCCAUCAGCUUCCUGGUGCUCUCGUGGCUCUUUGUGCUCAUCACCAUGAUUUUGGCUGCAGUCGGGGUAACCACGUGGCUGCGGUUUCUCUUCUGCUUCUCCUACAUCAAGCUCGCGGUGACGCUGGUCAAGUAUUUUCCACAGGCCUACAUGAACUUUUACUACAAAAGCACCGAGGGCUGGAGCAUUGGUAACGUGCUUCUGGACUUCACCGGGGGCAGCUUCAGCCUCCUCCAGAUGUUCCUCCAGUCCUACAACAAUGACCAGUGGACACUGAUCUUUGGAGACCCAACCAAGUUUGGACUCGGCGUCUUCUCCAUCUUCUUCGACAUUGUCUUCUUCAUUCAGCACUUCUGCUUAUACAGAAAGAAACCAGGGCUUCAGGCAGCACACACGGGUUCUGACAGCCGUCCCAGGCAGGAUUGGGUGCUGAGCUUGGAGCCGAAGGCCUUGACCUAAACAACCAGUGUUUCUGGGAGCAGCUUGAAGGACCCUGCCGUUGUGAACCAAGGGCGCUUUGCUGCCACUGCCGUGUUUCCAGAGACCAAGCAGCCUGGUGAUGUGGCCAGUGGACUCAGAGGUGCUGGUGCUGGUGGCAGAGGGGAUAGGAUAUUGGGGUCAGGCCUUUGGGGUCCCUUCUCUGAAGGCCACAUUCUCUGAGCACUCACCGUCCUGACACUCCUACGUAAUUCAACUCCCACAACUUAAUCGCAGGUGGCCCAGGCCAGGGUCUGGCAAAGAAACUGUAUUUCUGAGCCUUAAAGUGCCCAACAGAUUGGUUCUGAGCUAGGCUUAUGCCCAAUCCCUCUGGAUCUUUAUCACACUAACCCCUUUUGGAUUUUUUUGAGGGAUGUUUUGGAAGUAAGUAGCUUAAUUUCUUCACCUUCUGCCUACCUCCACUUUCCCAGAGUCCUGGGGCCCCACGUAAUCCCCUUCAACUGCUCCUCAUCCUGCAUCUGGAGUAUGGGAUGGACACGCGCGCUCACACACACACACACACACACACACACAAACACAAACACACAAACCUGUGCCUUAGAGGCCUGUAAGACCUGCCAAUUGGUGAGUAUAGCUCCCCUACAGGGGAAGACUGGCCCCUUCCCUCACUUCCCCCAGAUUCCUACCUGAGCCUCACCAAUUUUUUGGCUGUUCAGGAGCCUGAGCCUGACAUAUGGACUUGAAACCAGCUCACACAAUCCUCAUGGGCCCAACCUUUAUUCCAAACCCCCUUCUCUUCUAUCCCAGGCAGCUCUCCUUCCUGUGGCAGGAGGGGAGUGUCCCAGGAUGUGCCUUGUCAGUUCAUUCUCAAGACUUUUUUACUACAAGAUCAAUGUGAGGUGCCUGUAUCCUUAAUUAAAACCUGAUUUGUUUCCUUUCUGCACACUGA